AUGGAGGCGCAGAGGCAAAGCCCCGCGUCAGGUCUUCUGUCCAAGUUGGGGGACUUGCGGGUGGCCAACGGCAGCAAGGGAAAUACAGGAUCGGCACCGCCCUAUGACGAAAUCGUGGCCAAUCUCGACAACAUCCUGCCCCAUUGGGAUCGAAUCAAGACGGGGACUCUGCCAAAUGGUCUGCGCUACUACAUUCAACCCAACACAACUCCGCCCAACACGUUCGAUGCCUACCUGCGAGUGCACGUGGGCUCACUGGCCGAGGAAGAGGACCAGCAGGGCAUCGCGCACUACGUCGAGCACUUGGUCUUCAUGGGCACCGAUGCCUACCCGGAUGCGGAGACCAUGCGCAAGCUGUUUGCCACUUGGGGCAUGUCGUUCGGUGGUGACACGAACGCCUACACCGACUUCCGGAGCACGGUCUACACCUUCCACGCGCCAACGCACACGCAGAGCCAAGGCGCCGAGAAGAAGGAGGGCGGAGACGUGACGGAGGACAACGUCUACAAGGUCCUCUUCGCCCUGCACCAGCUGGCCUUCAAGGCCCUCUUCCCCAAGGAGGCCGUCGACAGCGAGCGCGGUCCCAUUUUGUCCGAGGCUCAAAUAUCGAACUCGAUCGGCUACCGUGUGGAGUACCAGGAAUACCAGCAGAUCCACGCCGACAAUCUGCUCUCCAAGCGCUUCCCCAUUGGUUUGGUGGAGCAGAUCAAGAAAUGGGGACCGGACGACCUCCGUCGGUUCUACCGAAAGUGGUACCGGCCGGACCUGAUGACGCUCUACAUCGUGGGCGACGUUGAUCACGCCCAGGUGCAGAACCACAUCGAAAGCCUGUUUGGCAAGGAGGUCAGCGAGGGAGAGACGCCGAAAGUGCCUGAGCACGAGCUGCUCCAUCAGUUUUCGCUCACCAUCAACCACCUCUUCCCGCUCACCAACCAACGCACCGUGCGAGACAUGCGGACAGAGAUCAUUUGCUACGUCUUGAUGAGCACGCUCGAGGCUCGCGUCUACGCUCUCGAGCAGACCUACGAGUCGCCCGUGUUUACUUCGAUAGAGUGGAGCUUCUUCAAUUCGCACAGCGACAACUGUUCGGUGUCGAGCCUCUGCAUGUUUGCUCGGCCCACCACCUGGAAGGAGGCCAUCAAGUGCGGAGUGCAGGAGAUGGUGCGGAUGGCCAAGUACGGCGUGACCUCCCACGAGCUCGAGCGCUACAUGGCGGCGCUGAUCAAGGAGGCCCACCAGGACGCCGAGGGGCAGGACACCCUCAAGUCCUCCGACCUCAUCGAAGAUCUCGUUGACGACACUCUUCUCGAGAGCGUGCUGGUCAGUCCCAAGGACGACUACGAGCUGGUGCGGCGACUGGCCCCGACCGUGACGCUGGUCGAGGUGAACCACCUGGCCAGGCAGACGUUCUGCCAGACGCUCCGCGUGGCGAACCUGCUCCGCGACGAGGACGUCAUGGCCUGGGAGGAAGAGGAGCAGCAGAAGAACGGUCCGGCCGACGCAGAGGGGUUCGCCAGCUCGCUGGAGAUCAUUGAGAAGUCGCGCGGCAUCUCCGUCUUUGUGACGUGUCCCACGCUCUACUCCCCCGACGAAGAGACCCCCGUCAAGGCCAAUGGCGGCAAGGACGACGAAGAGGAAGGUGAAGAUGAUGAAGAGGAGGAUGGCGAUAUGGACGAAGAGGAGGAUGGAGAGGAUGACGAGGAAGAUGACGAUGACGAAGAUGAUGAGGAGGAGGAUGAGGAAGAUAGUACGCCGGAGGAGUGCCAGGCCAAGCACCAGCACAAGUUCAUCCACUCGCGAACCGCGCAGCUCGUGGAGAAGGAGGUCAAGGAGAACCAAAAGAGCGACAAGGAGGGAGGUCAGACCGAACGAAAGAAGAUCCCCUUCCGCGUCACCAAGGAGGAGAUCCGCCAGGUGAUCGAGCAGUCCAUGCAGGGAGUGGAGGCGCCGAAGGACAUUGAGGUCCCGCAGGAUCUGAUCGCUGACGAUGUGAUCCAGAGGAAGCUCGACGAGCUCAAGCCGACGUGGGUGCCGGUCACGUACGACACCACGAAGCGAGACACCCUCGACGAGCUCCAGAAGCAGAUCGACAGCGCCAAGGAGCAAAGCGACGAGGCGAAUGGUGGGAUGGAGACUGAGAACAAAAAGACCAAGGCGAAGAAGCCAACACAAGAAGAAAGCGAAGACGAUGACGAUGACGAGGAGGACGAAGAUGGAGAGAUGGACGAGGAAGAUGAGGGUGACAGCGAUGAAGACGACGACGACGAUGAUGAGGAAGACGAUGAUGAGGACGAGGGCCAACAGAACGUUGCAGCUGAGGCGGCCGACGAGGCGCGGAGGAAGAGGCGAAAGGCCGAGCCAGACACGACGCCGCGUCUGAUCCACAAGCCGAGCGGGAUCGUGCUGCUCGAGCUGAGCAACGGCAUUCGAGUGAACUACCUCUACUCGGCCUACUUCCAAAAGCGCUGCGCCAUCCGCAUCACCAGCGUCGGCGGCCAGCUGUGCGAGCGGACGCGAGAAGACGCCGGGCUCACCCAGCUCGCCCUCGACACUAUGCAGCAAAGUGGCGCUGGCCCGCAUUCCUCGGAGGUCGUGGUCGCUUGGUGCGGCCGGUGGGGUGUCGAGGCAAGCGCGGAAGCCACCCUCGAGACCACGUGCCUGCAUGUCGGCACUUCGGUGUCGCAGAACGGCAUCAGCAAAGCGCUGCAGCUCAUCCACAUGCUCCUCACCGAGCCGCGAUGGGACGAACGGGCGUGGAAGCGAAUCCGCACGCACGCGGCGAGCUGUCGCGAGGGCGAGGAGAAGGAGAUCGACAACAUCGCCGCCGACAACCUCUCCUCCAUCCUGUACCAGCCCACCGACUGGCGGUUCGCCCAACCGAGCGCCUCCGAUCUGCGCAACGCGUCCGCCGAACGAGCGCGAUGGCUGGUCUCUCACCAGCUGCUCGACAUGCAAAACGUGGAGGUGUCCCUGGCCGGCCACUUUGACAACCUCCGCGACGUCGAGGACCUCCUGCUCAAGUACCUCGGCACGAUCCCGCGCCGCACCGCGUUCGCUCCGCUCUCCGCCGCCCCGCCACCGCUCAACCCCUUCUCGGCCCACCUCGCCCUGCCGGCCGCCGCCGGCGUGGCGCCGGGCGAGAGCGAGAACUUUGUGCUGGAGCUGGUCAAGAAGGAGUUCCCGAGCCGGAUCAACUUCACCGACGAGGCGCGCGUCAAGUGGCAGCACCUCUCCGAAGACGAGGAGCGACGCGCGAUCGUCUACCUGUGCUUCCCCGUGAUGAACCGCUGGGGCUACACCAAGCUCACCGUGCCGCCCGCGGAAGAAGCGGCGGCCUGUGCUGAGACAGCGGCGAUGGAGACCGAGGAGGCCUCGCCCGUCGCCGCCGUCCGACAGCGCGUGAAGCAGCAUCCGCUGUGGAAGAGCCGCGUCGCCAAUCUCAUGGUUGAGAUAUUGAGCAACCGGCUGUUCUCGGUGGUGCGCGAACGCAAGGGUCUCCUCUAUAACGUGUCGGCCUCGCUGAGGAUGCCCGACCUGUACGACUCUGGCACGCUUCACGUGACCCUCACGCCGUUCCCCGAUUCGAUCGCCCUCACCAUCGAGGAAGCGCUGCGCGUCCUGUACGACUUCAAGCACGGCAAUAUCACCCAGCAGGAGCUCGACGAAGCCAAGGUCCCCUACCUGGAAUGGCUGAUCACGGCGAUGAAGGGGCCGACGUUCUGGAUGAGCCUGAUGGAGUACAUGCAGCUGCCCGAGGGCAUCUUCCCGCGAGACAUGAUGAACCUGAGCUGCGCCGAAGACAUCUACGAAGCCUACGCCGCUGUGGAACUUCCGGACAUCCGUGCGAUCGUGAACGAGUUCUUCCAGGGGAUGCGGGUCAUGUGCGCCAGCAUUGGUACCUCGGGCACGGAGCCCCCGGCGAGCAUGGAGGAGCAGCGCCAGCGGGUGCAGAACGCGGUCAGCUCGUUCCCGGUGCCCCCCGUGACGCCACCAGCGCCAGUUCCUGCCGCUGACGCUACUGCCCCGUAG